GUGUAGCGAAGCGCUCGGACGGAGCACCACACUCUGGAUUAGAGCGGUGGAUCAGGAAGAACGGAAUCGAGAUCUGAAAGAACAGAAGAGUUUUGUAGGAGAGUCAUUUGAGCUUAUAACAGAAGUUUUGCUCCAAAUGGUCAUGAGGAGUUGAGAGGAGCGCGUUUCUUAUUCAGGCGAGUUUGUCUCUUCUCUCCACGAGCUCUCGUGUGUUUCUGACCAGAUGUUAGUGCACACGUAUUCUUCAACGGACCGCCAUGAUGGGGUACCGAGCCACAGUUCCAGACUGUCCCAGCUGGGCUCGGUCACUCAGGGUCCGUAUUCCAGCGCUCCGCCACUCUCUCACACUCCUUCUUCGGACUUCCAGCCGCCGUACUUUCCGCCGCCGUACCAGCCGCUGCCGUACCACCAGAGUCAGGACCCGUACUCACACGUCAGUGACCCGUACUCUCUGAACGCCCUUCACCAGCCUCAACAGCACCCAUGGGGCUCUCGUCAGCGGCAGGACGUGGGCUCGGAGAGUGGAGCUUUACUGCCGCAGCCUAGAGCCUCUUUACCGCAGCUCUCCGGUUUGGAUCCCCGGCGGGACUACUCGACCGUGCGCCGAACGGACGUGCUGCUGCACUCCACACACCAUGGGCUCGAGGCGGGGAUGGGAGACGGUCUGUCCCUGCAUGGCCUGGCGCAUGGAAUGGAAGAUGUUCAAGCUGUGGAGGAUGCAAACAACGGGAUGAACAUUCUGGAUCAGUCAGUGAUUAAAAAAGUUCCAGUUCCACACAAAAGCCUCGCUUCUCUCAUGAUGAACAAAGACGGUCUAAUCGGUGGGAUCACGGUGAACGUCAACGAGGUGUUCUGUUCGGUGCCUGGUCGCCUGUCGCUUCUAAGCUCCACUUCCAAAUAUAAAGUGACGGUUGGCGAGGUCCAGCGGCGCCUCUCUCCGCCAGAGUGUCUGAAUGCUUCUCUACUUGGUGGGGUUCUGCGGAGAGCGAAGUCGAAAAAUGGAGGUAGAUCACUGAGGGAAAAGCUGGAGAAAAUCGGCUUGAAUUUGCCCGCGGGGCGACGCAAAGCAGCGAAUGUCACUUUACUGACAUCUCUAGUGGAAGGGGAAGCUGUUCAUUUGGCUCGGGAUUUUGGCUACAUUUGUGAAACUGAAUUUCCCACGAAGGCCGUGUCUGAAUAUCUGAACAGACAACACACAGAUCCCAACGAAUUGCACUCAAGAAAGAACAUGCUGCUCGCCACAAAGCAGUUGUGUAAGGAGUUUACGGACCUGUUGGCUCAGGAUCGUACACCAUUAGGAAAUUCUCGGCCUACGCCCAUCCUGGAGCCAGGAAUCCAGAGCUGUCUGUCACACUUUAGCUUCAUCACACACGGCUUUGGUUCACCAGCCAUCUGUGCCGCCCUCACGGCUUUGCAGAACUACCUGACUGAAGCCCUUAAAGGUCUCGACAAGAUGUUCCUGAACAACCCCACUCCCAACCGGCACACACCUGCAGACGGACCCGGCUCUAAAGGUGGAGAGAAAGAGGAAAAGCACAGGAAAUGAACUGUGGAAAUACAAUGAUGCAGGAUAUCAAGGAAGGUGGGGCUUCAAACAGGGCAAACAUCACCGGAGAUGUUCAGAGUUUCUAUAAACCCUAGUUUUAUGACAUUGCGUUUUACAUUCUGGUGUGAAAUGGAAAACAGAACAUGGGAAAACUAAUGGAAUUCUACAAUAAUAGAGACUGGAGGACAUCUCUGCUGUGACACGUUCACCAUCUCCAUCUCAUUCGUGUGCAAAUGUUCGAGGAGUGUGUGCGAGUGUGCUUUUGUGUAUAAAAAUAUGACAUAUUACACGAUGUUAGACAGACGCUGUACCAUGCAGUCUGUCCUUUACACACAUGCUCAUGAAUUUCAAAACAAAUAUUUGAAUGUUCAUGAGUGUAAUGGCCAGCAUACCGAAGGACAGGUUUGGUUUGAAUAUCAGUGGGGACACUUUUAACUACUAUAUUAAAUUAUUCUUACAAAUAUCCAAAAUUAUAGGUACAUUUCAUACAACUUUCACGGAAUCCUUACCUACAAUAACACAAUCAUGUUAUCAAAAAGUGGGUGUCAAAUGAAAAAUUUGCUCCACAUAAAUUUUAAAGAGAGGCACAAUGUUCCGAAAUUAAGAGACUUAGUAAUGAAUGCAGUGCUGAUAUUACGUGCGACAACAAAGUGUCAUGCAAGAUCCCAGAUAGCACACGUACAUCACCAAACGUCUAUUUGAUGUGUGUGUUUACACCUGGAAGACGUAUUUUUAAGUUGUUUGCUCAUCUACAAUACGUCUAUAGGAUGUUUACCUCUGGGAUUUCAAUAAGACAUUCAGCAGAUGUCUUUGAGACCUUUAUGAUUUAGAUUGUUUAUAAUCUGAUCAUUUUAAGAUGUUUAGCAGAUGUUAAUUAGUUUAUAAUGCUAUGCAGUUGAAACGCUCUUAAAAAGACAUCUCGGAGAUGCACGUGUGCUAUCUGGGUUCCGGUCCAGUGCAUCACAAAUGUUGACAUCAAAUUAAAGAGAGUCUGAUUUCAUAUUACAGCUGUUAAUUUCCGUCAGAACUGCCUCAUAGCAUAACCGUCCAUACGAUACAUAUUUUAUAAUCACAGCUUUUCUCAAUCAGUCCAUUUAUAUACAGAGAACAAGUCCAAUGUUUGACCUAAUGUUUUUUCCUGAGCCGAUUUGUAUCUUAAAUGUUCCUAAAACAACCUGGGACAUAUUCAGAAUAACUCAGUCAAGGGGGAUGCAGCGUGAAGCACAUGCAUGUUUCCACUGAUCAUGGUAUAAAUAAUGUACUUGCUUGUUUUGAUUAUUGGUGGGGUUACUUCCCCCCCCACAACCCCCCGGAAUCUACUCCCCUGAACUCAGUGAUUUAAAAGUGCAGACAUUUACAACAGAGCAAUUCUGUAUAUUUUGGGUUGUAUUUCUUUGUAUUUGAAACUGCUGUUUUUUUGUGCUGUAUUCAGUUCUGUGCAAAUGUGAGGACAUUUUCAGUGAGUUAGCCUAGUUUUAACAUGGCAAUCAAGUUGACUAACUGAAAUUAUAAUUGUUUCACGAUGUUUCUUAACUAUUUAUUAUUAUUUUUUAACACUUACAUUUGCAUAGACCUAAAUCAACAUUGACAAACAUCACGUUUUAAGGCCUAAAUAUUGUUUAUUUGCUCAUCUAAAAGACUUUUGAACACAGCCAUAAACAUGGUCCAUGAUUUAUUGACAUUCUUUUAGGCUGCCUAUAAUUGAGGUAAGGACAGGUGACCGCGCGUGCUGGGACACGGUCACGCGCAGCCUUCACGCGCUCACCUCACCGGCUGGGGCGCACUCUGUGCUUGUGCGCGCACUUUCUCGGUCCCGGAAGCAGGAAUAUAGCCUGUCUGUCAAACUUAUUAUUUGGUUAACUCUGUGUGAGGAAGGCUCUUUUUUUAUUUAUGUUUGUAUAUAUUUAUUUAUGCUUAAUUUAAUGGACGUUUGUACAUAGGAACAGACUGGGUCGUCUAUCUGUGGCUGUCUCUGUGCGUGGGUGAACGCUUGGUUUAGAUAGCAUCUUGUAUUUUUAUGUUUCAUAGAUACGGUGUUAUGUGGUGAAGGGUAGAAGUUGGUUCUUGUAUGGUGAUUUUCAUUUACCUCCAAAUAAGAAUAAAUCGUGUUUUAUUGUAGCUGUUGCUGUGUGGUUACGUUCUAUAAUGGAAUUCAAUAAUCUAGAAUCAGUGCCCUUAAUUUUAGAAUAACUUCAAAAUUAAAUGCUAGAUACAUAAAUAGUAAAUAUUUAAGUAGUUCUAUCACAUCAGUCCCUGUAAUGAUUUUCUCGAGAUUUGCUCCCAUAGAAAGUUGUUCAUUUUUAGACAGUCAAGAGGUCAGGCUAUGUAGCCAGACCAGGUUUGUUCUACCCCACAGGAGGCCUCUUACAGCAUCCGAAUUGUGGAGGAGGAACAUUUCUGUUCAGGGGAAAAAAAAACAAACAUUAAAUAGCUUCUCACGACCAUGGUUAUUUCUUUUGAUAAAAAUGUUAAUCUAGCCU